CCUCAUCCGCAAGCAACUCGCCUACUAUACCUGGAGGAUUGCUAUGGCAACAGGUUGCCAGGAGCGACGGGGUACCACUACAUCCCUGUGUGUCUGCGGGGAUGAGCGGCGCGUCAGAAGACAAGAACAAGCGGAGCAGCACGUCGAGGGUGAGGUCUCUCCCAGCUCAGACAGCACACAACAAGAACCACCACAGGUUGGGGUUUUCUUCUCUCGUUAAGUGAGGAGUCCUGCGGUCUGCAAGGGACGUCGUUGUUGUUGUUUCGGUGAUAGAAAACAGAUCUGCCAGGAUGGAGAUCUGCUGCUGCUGCUGACGGAGAUUCCCGAGAUCCCCUCAGAAACAACAGGUCUUGUCCACUGAGCCCAUCUUCACUUCCAAAAUCUUUAAGCAACCGACAAAGAGCUGGAGCCGAGACGGUCAAGCAUGGAUAUGCCCAGGAUGGCUGAGGGCCUCUUCAGCAGCACGCUGUCCUCGUCAGGUGGCGGCCAUCACGUGCCGCCCUACCUGACGCUGGAGCAGAAGGCGGCCUUCGUCUUUGUGCUGCUGCUCUUCAUCUUCCUGGCCCUGCUCAUCGUGCGCUGUUUCCGCAUCCUGCUGGACCCCUACCGCAGCAUGCCCUCUUCCAACUGGACAGACCACUCCGAGAAGGACACGUUCGAUUACCGCAUCGUCUGAGGAGCCCUGAGAGUGCAUUAGAUUUGCACAAAUUAGAAUUAAAAAUUACAAUAAAAAACUGAUUUGAUCCUUAAAGAACAAAUGACUGCUGAUUCACCAGGAAGAUGACAGCUUUCAGAAAAUCUUCUGAAAGUUUGACUGAAAAGAAUUUCGAUGGCGGAUUGUCGUCGAAAUGAGCGCUAACCAGAGUUCAACAGCUUCUCCCUGCCAAAUCUGAAAAAUUCUCAACUAAGACAACCAGAACUAUGCUAUGAAAAUAAUUGAUCAAACCCUCCGUCCAAGCGAUGCACCAGAGCCAGUUUGGGUUGCUCAUAACUUCCAUUCCCUGCCAUCACUUGUUCUCCUGUGGACUACCUCGUUCCUCCUCCAUCUCAUAUCUGGAAGACUUGGCGUUUUCUCACAUCUCACACAGGGUCGAAUAUCUUUGGUGGUCCAAGCCAGGCAGUUGGAUAAUUACAGUGUUUACAUCUAAUCAUGUUUACGUCCUUAGAUUUUUAUUGAUAAUGUAGACAAUCAGUGUUUGAAAUAGUUACAAACGAGUGAAUAGUUGAUGAGUUGUUGAGGUCUUUUGUUUUUUUGUCUUAAUUUGUGGUUGGACACGAGAGCUCCAAAAGACUUAGUGUGACUGAUAUGAUUCAGGUGAAGAGGGAUUUAAUGCCUUAAGUCGUAAGAUAUUCUGUGGUGGUUGUUACCUUCUAAACAGUUGGUUAAGGCUGGUAUCAAGGCCCUAAAGCAGGUUAAAAUAAUCACAAAGAAGGAAACUGUGGUGGAAAAGUUCUCCCUUUAAUGUUUUGGAAAGGUUCGGACAGAUAGCUGCCAAUAGUGAGUAAAGCCCAAUCCCAAUGUCCACACUCACAGACUUUGAGGCGGUCGACUUUGGGGUCGUGUUAAUCGUGUUUAUCGUGUUUACCGUGUUUACGAGAUGAGUCCAGAUAAACGCCCCCCUCAUAAGUGGAAAGUUUCUGAAAGCUCAGAGUUCAGGAGUUGUGACGUGUAUGUUGAUGUUGUCAGAAAUGGCGGAAGCCAUGGAAAUUGAACACUUGAGUGCCGAGCAUAUCGUGUACACGACUUCCCAUGUUGUAAACACGAGUUCACAAGUUUCAUUUGAAGGCACAAAAAAUUACACAAAUUAUUAUCAACCACUUCUUUUAACUUUGCUUAACGAAGUUUGACAAAAACAAGUGAAUUCAUUUUUGACAGUUACCUCUCGUUUCAUAAGGCAAGAGCCUGGAAGAUGUUCAAAUAGGCAGUAAAAAAUGUAAAAUAAAAACACACACUUGGCGUUGUCAAUGUAACGUGAUAUGUUGCCGCAAAGUGCAGUCCCAUUCAUAUUUACACCAUUUUAAGCCCUUGCAGCCUCUCACACUCAACCAUUUACCCGGUGACUUCAAUCAAGUCCCUGAGGGUUCAGGGUUUAAGGCCUUAGGGGGGACAUUGUGAUUGGGUCCAAGUACAAGUGUUCUGUGAGUGCGUUAAAAAACAAUUUGUCCUUUCAGUCCUGGAGGGCCCUUCGGUGUUGUUCACGUCCUUUCGAUGUCAACAACCAAAAGAGGUAUUGAAGAAAAAAACGUUUACUGUGCUGUACCGUGUGCCUAAUUUGAAAAAAAAGAAGAAGCUUAGAUUGAUGUUUUAGGAAAAAAGAAAGAAAAUGGGUUUCAUAUUUUUGUCUUUCAAUGUAGUUUUUUUUGUGUAGUGCCCAUUUAAAGAACCUUAAACAGCAUUUUACUGCCUGCAAUUGGCAUAUUGACAGUUGGUAUGCCAGAACUGCAGAGGGUUGAUGAUGAAGAUGACGAUGCAUUUUCACAUCAAACCCUUUACAAACUGAUGUUGUGGCUCUUUUCGUUGGGCAAUUUUUCAACUGUGCGCCUUAUAGUGUAGAUUGUUUACAGUAUCUUAGGUAGCGGAGACACUGGAAAUCAGCCAGUCACUAAUGCGACUGUGUCUUUGCACUUCACGGAGAUGUCAUACAUAAAAGAAGAAGAAGAAAAUGCGUCCCCUGCUCUUGUUCCUGCCGGGACCGGAAGUGAACUCUGACCCUUUCGACGAAGUGUGAUGUUCUUGUGAUCUGCUGUGGCCUUUUCCUACCUAUCGCAGAUGUUGCGAUGUUGUGCUGAGGUAAUGUGUUCCCCCCCCCCCCCGCAUGUAUUUCUUGCAGAGUAUCCUCUCCAUGCAUGAUAAAUGGUGAAGUGCUUUAAUCCUGAUGUUGUAGCUGUGGGUCAGUUGCUCAAGCAGCUAUUUCCUGUCUGUACUGGAGCCUUUUGUUUCAAUCUGUUUUUCGCCCGGAGCCACCGUUCUUUUUCUAAUAAAAAUGAUCAGAGUGCACAA